AUGAGUGGAUAUACAACAUUAUUUAAAAUAGUAAUAUUAGGAGAUUCAAGUGUUGGAAAAACAUCAUUAUUACAACAAUAUAUUACUAAAACAUUUGCUGAACAAACUAAAACUACUGUUGGGGCUGAUUUUAUUACAAGAGAAAUUGACAUUGAUGGAAAAGUUAUUGCACUUCAAAUUUGGGACACAGCAGGGAGUGAACGAUUUUGUUCAUUAGGGCCAGUUUUUUUUAGAGGAGCAGAUUGUUGUGUAUUAGUUUGUGAUGUGACAAAUGAAAGUACAUUUGAACAUUUAGACGAUUGGAAAAAACAAUUGUUUCAAAGUUUAUCAUUUGAAGAUUUAAAUAAUUUUCCAUUUGUUGUUGUUGGGAAUAAAUCUGAUUGUAGUGAUGAAGAAAGAGAAGUUAGUUUUGAAAAAUUAUCUCAUUGGGGAGAUGGAAAAUACACUUAUUUUGAGUGUAGUGCUAAAACUGGUUGGAACAUUGAUAAUAUUUUUAUUGAAAUUGCAACUCUUUUAAAAGAAAAACAAAAAAUUAAUUAUUCUAUGCCUGAAUCAAUUGAACCUUGUCGUCUUGAAGAUGUUUCAAAUAUAAAGGUUAAAAAAGAUUGUUGUUGA